AUGGUUAGAACGAUCAGAUCUCAAUUUCGAAGACUAUUUACAAGCUCACCCUUGGCUCACCCACAAUGCAGAAGCCUUGUUCUGGCUCCCGAAUCAAAAACAGAGCAGCGAGAUCACAAAACCCAUCAUGCUAAUCAUGUAGACAUCCCCGAACUCAACUCCCAAUUGAAGCAGCUCGUCAAAGCUGGUGAUCUCAAACACGCCCGGAAGGUGUUCGAUGAAAUGCCCAAGAGAGAUGAGGUCACAUGGACCAAUAUGAUCUCAGGAUACGUUGGAGUCUCUGAUUCCUCUGAAGCAUUGGCUCUGUUUUCAAACAUGUGGGUGCAGCCGGAUAUCGGCAUGGACCCUUUUCUUCUCAGCGUUGCGCUCAAGGCUUGCGGGCUUGGUGGGAAGUUGACUUACGGGGAAGUUUUACAUGGGUACUCGGUGAAAUCGGGGGUUGUGAACUCGGUGUUUGUGGGGAGUGCUCUUGUUGAUAUGUAUAUGAAGGUUGGUGAGAUUGAGAAGGGUUGUGGAGUUUUCGAUGAAAUGCCGCUGAGAAAUGUGGUGUCGUGGACUACUGUUAUCACUGGUCUUGUUCGAGCGGGUUAUAAUGUGGAGGGGUUGGUGUGUUUUGCUGAAAUGUGGAGGUGCAGGGUGCAAUGUGAUGCGUAUGCGUUUGCUAUCUCAUUGAAGGCGUGUGCUGGUUUGGGUGCUUUGAAGUGUGGGAGAGAAGUUCAUGCACAAUUGAUGAAGAAAGGGUUUGAUGAGAACUCUUUUGUUGCCAACUCACUUGCUACCAUGUAUAACAAGUGUGGAAAAUUGGACUAUGGGGUGCAGUUGUUUGCGAAAAUGAGGACGCAGGAUGUUGUUUCGUGGACAUCAAUCAUUACAUCGUAUUGUUGGACGGGUCAAGAGGAUUGUGCAAUGAAAGCAUUUAUGCGAAUGCAGGAAUCUGGUGUGCGUCCUAAUGAGUACACUUUUGCAGCUGUUCUCUCUGGAUGUGCCAAUCUUGCUAGAGUUGAAUGGGGUGAACAAUUGCAUGCCAACGUUUUACGCUUGGGUCUUGCGGAUUAUCUGUCAGUAGGAAAUUCAAUUAUAACCAUGUAUGCCAAAUGUGGGCGUUUGACUUCAGCUUCUGCCAUGUUUCAUGAGAUGGGCAGAAAAGAUAUUAUUUCAUGGACCACUGUCAUUGCAGGGUAUUCUCAAGCAGGUUAUGGGGAAGAAGCUUUCAAGUAUUUGUCGUGGAUGAGAAGGGAAGGACCAAAACCAAACGAGUAUGCUUUUGCUAGUGUCUUAAGUGUUUGUGGAAGCAUGGCAAUGUUUGAGCAAGGCAAGCAAUUGCAUGCUCAUGUCCUAACGGUUGGUCUAGAUUCUGAAGCUAUGGUACAAAGUGCCUUGAUCAAUCUGUACUCGAAAUGUGGAAGUAUACAAGAGGCUGCAAAAAACUUUGAUGUGACAAAAGAUGGUGAUGUUAUUUCAUGGACGUCCAUGAUUAAUGGAUAUGCUCAACAUGGGUACUACCAAGAAGCCAUUGAUCUGUUUGAGAAGAUUCCUAAGGUUGGUCUGAAACCGGACUCGGUGACCUUCGUUGGUGUCCUUGCUGCGUGUAGCCAUGCUGGAUUAGUUGAUCUUGGUUUCCACUACUUCAAUUCAAUGAGCAAUGACUUUAAGAUUAGUCCUUCAAAAGAACACUACGGCUGCAUGAUUGAUCUCCUUUGUCGAGCUGGACGGUUAAGUGAGGCAGAGCACAUGAUCAAAAGUAUGCCAAUUCAACAGGAUGAUGUUGUCUGGUCUACUCUACUUACAGCAUGUAGGCUUCAUGGUGAUGCUGACUGUGGAAGACGCGCUGCAGAAGAGAUUCUUAAAUUAAAUCCUAACUGUGCAGUGACUCACAUAACGCUAGCUAGUAUUUAUGCUGCCAAAGGAAUGUGGAGGGAAGCAGCAGAGGUAAGGAAAAUUAUGAGAUCAAAGGGCGUAAUUAAGGAACCAGGAUGGUCUGGGAUAGAGGCCAAGGAUGGGACUUUUGUAUUUGUUGCUGGAGAUAGGUCAAAACAUUACUCGGAUGGUAUAAAACCUCAAGUUAAUCAAAGCAUUACUCGGAUGGUAUAA